UCUCCCCACCUCCAGCUUGGGUGAAUAAAAAGCAGGUGCAUUUCCCUCUCAGGCACUUCACUCCUUUUCCUCUUCUUGCAGUCUGACUGGUGCAAUCUCUAAUCAUGAGCAGAAACUUCUUGUCCGGAAAUGAUGAGCUCCGCAAGGGAGACUCUCUGGUGUCCAACAACGGACGGUUUAAGGCUGUCUUCCAGGAGGAUGGUAACUUUGUGGUCUAUGGCUGGACGCCUGUCUGGGCUUCAGACACUUAUGGAUCAGACGCUUUCCGCCUGAUCAUGCAGAAUGACUGCAACCUGGUCAUAUACAACAAUGGUGGCAAAGCCUUGUGGGAUACCAGGUCUAACGGAGCUAAGACUGACGUGUGCCGCCUUCAGCUGACCGAUGAUGGCAAACUGGUGGUGAGCAAGGCUGCUGAAGUAGUCUGGACCGCUUCUAAAUAAGGCAUGAAGUUAUCCAUGAUGUAUGUGAAAGUCAUGUUUUGGAAGUCAAUUUGUCACCAGUAAAACAUGCCUGUUAUGGGAUUCAAUAAAACUAAAUUCACAAUGCA